UUGGGUCUGUGUGAAAUGUAAAAUAUUUUUCUAUACUAUUUUUUAUUUUUUUUUUAAAUCUAAAUAAGAGCUACAAUUAUUGGUAUCCCAAUCAUCUGCUGUGGACGAUCCCGUCGGGCACGUUGUUUCCCAAGAACAAUUUGAUGUUUGUUGCCUUUGGGCUUACUGGGCGUACCACUGCCGGUCCUCUUCAAUUUUUUUAUUGAACCUUGCUUCAUGUUGCUUUAGCUGCUGUUCCUGCCACGCCGGCCACACUUGGGGGUGUUUUUUCCACACGUGGUUUCUGCGGCGCCGCUUAAGCAACAUGUGGGAUUUAUCGAAGGGACAGACAGUUAAAUCUUUUGAAAAGAAGAGAAAAAAAUAGUCAAAUUACACACUUUUCUUCAAAAACUUACAAGCAGCGGAAUGGCAGGAAAAAGAACCUUCUUUUAUUCAUUGACAUCUUGAAGUUGAUGUUAAUACCAGAAUACACAUAUGUCUUCAGUCCGUUAUAUUUAUACUUAAAUCGAAUAGUGAAGUGCGGUGACCCCGAGGUUAGCUACUUUGUGAUAAAUUACAUUUUUCUAGUUCCGCAUACAUAUAAAUAUAGCGAAAUAUUUCACAAUAAUUGUACACACAAUUAAUUCAACUAUACGUACAGCACGCAAAAAAUGAAUAUUCCUUCUACGUUCAUUUUUGGAUCUACCAAUAAGAAGCAGAUGCCGGAUAAAUUAUUGGCUGUGUUUUUGAAAAAUGUGUUCAGGUUUGGGAGAAAGGGGGGAAGGGUUGUGAACGGCCCAAUUCACCUUUAUCUCAAUUACUCGCCACGUAACGAAACCGUGGAGGCAAAAGUGAAGCAGCUCCUCGUUCGUUAUAUGCGAGUGGUUGCGGACAACGAGGAAGAACUGCAACUCUUCCUCAAGGGACUUCAGAAGUUCCCCAACGUCAACCUGUACUCGUCCCCGUUGGAAGUACCGUUACUGUUACCUAUCGGUGAAGCGACAACGGGAAGCGGUAGCGGUGAACGAAAAAAGAAACGGUGGUGAUAACGGCGCGGCGGACGACGAAGAGCCCUACCUAUUACAUCUCUAAAUACAAUAUUUUUUGUGAAUACCAUAUUUUUCUUACGAAAAGACCCCUGCAAAUUACUGUUUUCUAUAAAAAAGCGUAUACUACUGGGCGAUCUCUCCCUAGACAAGGCUACAUAUAAUUGGCCAUGAGUAAAGACCGGCGAAGGCAAAUUUAAUACAACCUUUCCAAGAGUUUGACCCUGAGCUUUAUUGAUCGUCAUAGCGUAAGCUAAGCGAACGGCAAAUUGAAAUCGAAGCAACGCGUACGGUAACAUCGUAUCUUUACAAAUCAUGGUCAUUUUCGCAAGCAAAAUAAAUCUACCCUUGGACAUACCAGUCAAUAUUUCACAUUCUAUAACGUGCGGCAUGAAGUCAACAGCGCGCAUUCUCGUACCAUUAAAUUGACCAGCGGAAACAUCUAAAUUUCUUAACAGAAUGUACUACAGCGCCCUUCUUGGAUUUCAUUUCAUGCGGAGGUAAAACAUCUUGUGGUAUAUACAUAUCGUCUUCGAUGGUUUUGGGUUCGAUGGAAUCUAUACUAUAAUAAAUAAAAAAUUCACCCCGUAAUCGUUCUAUAAUGUCAUUAAUUUUAUAAACAGCUUUAUUAGUCGGACAUAAUAUGGCUCUAUCACCGAAGAAAAUGUUCGACGCAAAAUCGUCAAAAACAAAAUGCAAUAAUGAAUCCAAAUCCGAUACAUGCAAAAACCACGGCAAUUCAAUCAAAUCGGUUGGCGAAACCCUAACACCCGAAAUCUUCACCACCGGUAGCCUCCCCUCGCCAACCUGUAACAACCAUUCCGACCAGGACCCCGGAAUAUCGGAAUAUAAAACAUCCACACACCCUUCGCCAUAGAUCCAUACAUUUCAAAGGCAUCUGCUGCACCGUUACCCGAUUCCCUUUCUUCACAACGGGCAAUAUUUGCCGAAAAUCUCCUUCCAGCACAACACAUUUUCCCCCAAAGGGCAAAUCCCCAUUACACAUUACUUCGCGUAAAUACCGAUCCACACAUUCAACGGUAUACCGAGGAGUCAUCGACGCCUCGUCCCAAACAAUCACGCUCGCAUCCCUCAGAAUUCCACACGCCUCAUUCAAUAAAGGAAAGCAGCAAAAGGACACAUUCGUUACAUCCAAAGGCAACUUAAACGCUUUAUGAACCCUCGUUCCCUUAUACAACAAAUUCGCGGCGAUCCCAGUCCACGCCACAGCCACCGUCGACUUCUCGAAAAAAUUUACAGCAUUCGAAAGUAUUACGUUAUACAAAAACGUUUAUUCACCUUCCGUCUAACCCAAGAGAAUGUUUUCCCGUCCCAAAUGUAAUACUCCGGUAUUUGAUAAAAAAAUAACCCUCGAGGAAAAUUAUCGACAGAAUUUAAUAAAAAGAACGCUUCUAACUUGGAUCUUCUAGAUAAUAACAUUUAUAAUUCGUUUUCGAUAUGAAUAGGUAAAACCACAAUGGAAUGAGAACGACCAUUCGUCUUCAGCUCCAAUAAUUUCCACGCUGCUUCCAUCGAACUCACAUACCUACAUUGAAGAUAAUUUUCUCAUCACGCACUCACUACCAGAUAAACAUAAUCAUCACCUUUAUGAACGUAUUUAUAUAAAUACUUCAUGGAAUGCAAAGACCCACACAACUCGAAAUUAAUAUGACAUUGAUACUUCGCCAAAGCAUACGGAUUAUAAGGAACAAUCCACCUAUUAGCUAACUCAUACUUGACCGAACUACCUUCUACCACACCAUGCCAAGUUACAGUCCUCUUAUCACUCGCCGGUCUCCUAUAUUGGGGACGUUCAGUCGAUCCCCGAUGUAAAAUAGUUACAUCGUAAUUUUUUUGAGGCAACGCUUACGCUUAGCAAACCUAUUACGACUACCACAAUGAACUUGAAACUUCUCUACUAAAUCAAACAACUUAGGCUGUUCUUUACGAUCUGGAAUUCUAGCUACGAUACACCUAACACACAAUAACGCGUUUUACCACAAACUGAAACUCAAUUUUACGUACUCGACGCGCGUUUCGCCAACCAAGUUGGCAUCUUCAGCAGAAGAUUAAAACUAAACUUAAUAGAACAG